AUGGAUAAAGCGGUCGCCCUUCAAUUGGUCCGGAGAUGCCUGCCGCUCUUCGAGAGCAAAGGUCUUGCCAGCGUGGGGGAGAUCGAGGGUGUCCGACCUCGCAACUUGCUGGGAUUAUGGACUGGUAUGGGAAGUGUUGACGAAAUCGAGGUCGCCGGGAAGACCGCCACGGAGACCAUUGUCGUGAAAUCCAUCGGUUCACAUAAAAAGUUGGACGAUGAGCUAGCACUGGUGGACCACAUGUCCUACUACAACGAGGCCAGCUUCUACGAGUCCGACCUGGCGGACCGAAUUUGCGACAGCGGCGCGCGCUGUCCACGGCCAUUGCUCGUCGACCGCUCCAAGGACGGCGAGGUCACAAUAUGUAUGACGAAGCUUCCAGGCCGCGGAUUCUCCCGCAGUCCAGAACAGACGAAGGCCGCUCUUUCUUGGUUGGCCCGGCUGCAUGCCUGCUUCUGGGGCAAGCGAGCGGAUGCAGCGAUGGCAGUGUCUGACCUCUCGGGCCAAGCAUGCUUCUGGCACCUGGACACCCGCCAAAUCGAGCUGAAAAACAUGCCUCAGGAUGCACUUCGCUGGGCUGCGAAAGGCAUCGAUGCCAGGCUGAAGGCAGACAAGAUGCAAACACUUUGUCAUGGUGACCCAAAGGGCGCAAAUAUCAUGUGGGAUGAAGAGGCGGGAGUCUCGUUCUACGACUUCCAGUGGUUCGGCAAAGCUCCACCCACGAAGGAUCUCGCCUAUUUCUUUGGCGUCGCCGCCGCUGGCCUUUCCUCUGAGGAAUCUGAAAGGGAACUGCUCCGCUUCUAUCACGGAGAGCUCUCCAAGCUGCUGGAAGCUCAGGAGGAUGCAGUUCCGGACUUCGAGUACCUUUGGAAUUCCUACCAUCUUGCUCUCUGUGAUCUGGGCAGGUGGAUGAAAGGUGGCUUCAGUUUCGGAAACACGCGCCUGAUUUUUGGACAUGUCCAAGCUCUCCUGAAGUCGCUGGAUGGCCUCAAGGAGAAAUCUGAAGAAGUGUACCAGGACAAGAUCUUCGAGUUGUAUCCGCCGUGA